GAAUUUGACAAUCAUCUUGUGGCGACUGAAAGUUUAUUGUAUUUAUGCUUACAUUGUAUAUUUUGAGUUUUUUUAUUUUAUAACUAUUCUAUAAUAUAUAAAUCACAAUCUUUAAAUUGUUUAAUUAAAAAAAAAACUAUUUAAAAAACGAGAAGCAAAUAUGAGCGAAUUAGUAUGGGGAAUUAAAAAUGGAGAUAUCGACCAAGUGAAGGAUAUUGUAGAGAAAAACAAAAUUGAUGUUAAUGCAUUUAUUGACGGCAGGGUACCGCUUCACUAUGCGGCUGACUAUGGACAAACAACUGUACUAAAUUAUCUAUUAGAUAAAGGAGCAGAUCCAAAUGUAGUUGACAAGCAUGGGAUAUCUGUGAUCCUAGCUGCCAUUUGGGAAGGCCAUACUGACUGUGUCAAAACUCUAUUAAAAAGUGGUGCAUCAAAAAAUGGCAAAACUCCUGAUGGUACUUCAUACAUUGAUGCAGCAGAAAAGGAAGAAAUCAAAGAACUCCUAACAUAGAAUUGUAAUUACUCAUUUUGUAUUUAUUCAUUAUCAUUACAGCCAAUAAAUACUUAAAGCAACACUAAGAUUUAAAUAUUUAAGGGCAUUUAUUUACAAGUUUAUUUUUGUAUGCUCAUUAGAAGAUUAUGUGUAUUAUCUGCGUCCAUUAGACUUUAUUAACCAUACUAAAGUGAUUGGCCUAUAUCAUAUUAUCCAGAUAGAUUUUUUUUUUGUUAUUGCAGAUGGUAGGCCUAUUCUUUCUAGUAGCAAAUAAAUUAUUUUAUAUUAAGACAUUUACUCUCCCAAAAAGGGUAAGAAUAUCAUAAUUUAUAUUGGUAAAAAUAAAAAGAAAAAAAAGUUA